GACGGGACCAAAGACUGUUUGGAUGACUCUGAUGAAAUUGGUUGCCCUCCCGCUACUUGCCAGCCAGGCUAUUUCCAGUGUCAGAGUAAAGAGUUAUGCAUCCCUAACUCCUGGGUGUGUGACAAUGAGCAGGACUGUGAGGAUGGCUCAGAUGAACAUCAGCAUUGCCGAUACCCAACAUGUGAGCAGCUUACUUGUGCCAAUGGAGCCUGCUAUAACACUAGUCAGAGAUGUGAUAAGAAAGUUGACUGCAGAGACUUCUCUGAUGAAAACAACUGCACUGAAGGAUGUUCCCACAACCAGUUUCAGUGUGGCAGUGGGGAGUGCCUUUCUCAUGACUACGUCUGUGACCACAUCCCAGAUUGUAAAGACGGCAGCGAUGAACAUUCUUGCAACUACGGGACCUGCAGAGGCAACCAGUUCACGUGCCCCAAUGGCCACUGCAUUAAUCAAGACUGGGUUUGUGAUGGAGACGACGACUGCGCAGAUAAUGGAGAUGAAGAUGGAUGUGAAAGCAGUCCUCAUCAUUUUCAUAAAUGUUACCCAGGUGAAUGGGCUUGUCCACAGUCUGGAAAAUGCAUCCCAAUGACAAAAGUCUGUGAUGGAAUUUUAGAUUGUCCAUCAGGGGAGGAUGAAGGCAAUGCCACUGCACUACGACCUUGUGAUGUGAGUUUGUGUCCUUUCUUGAGCUGUGAGUAUCAAUGCCACAUGGCACCAUUUGGAGGGGCGUGUUAUUGUCCUCCAGGUUAUGUCGUGGACCAAAAUAACACCCGGAAAUGUGUCGAUUUUGAUGAUUGCCAGGUAUGGGGAGUUUGUGACCAGAUGUGUGAAGACCGAGUAGGCCAUCACCAGUGCCACUGUGCAGAAGGCUAUAUCUUGGAGCAUGAGCGGCAUUGCAAAGCCAAUACUUCCUCUGGUGAGGCCUCUGUUAUCUUCUCCAAUGGGCGAGAUUUGCUAAUUGGUGAUAUUCAUGGAAGAUCCUUUGAGGUCCUGGUAGAAUCUCAACAUCGUGGAGUGGCUGUGGGUGUGGAUUUUCACUAUCACCUACAAAGAAUCUUUUGGACUGACACGGUGUUAGAUACGGUUUUUUCAGCUAAUAUUCAUGAUUUAGACCCUGAAGAAAUUAUCAAUGUUUCCAUUGAUGAUCCUGAGAAUCUGGCUGUGGACUGGAUUAAUAAUAAACUUUAUAUGGUGGAGACCAAGGUUAACCGUAUAGAUAUGGCCAAUUUGGAUGGAAGCCAUAGGGUUAUUCUUAUAACAGAAAACUUGGGGCAUCCCAGAGGAAUUGCCCUGGAUCCAACUGUUGGAUAUUUAUUUUUCUCAGAUUUGGACAGCUUUUCUGGUGGACCUACGGUGGAAAGGGCUUUCAUGGAUGGCACUAACCGUAAAGAUUUGGUUAAAACAAAGCUGGGAUGGCCUGCUGGGAUAACUCUGGAUUUGGUAUUAAAGCGUGUUUACUGGGUUGACUCCCGGUUUGAUUACAUUGAGACUGUAACUUAUGAUGGGACUCAAAGGAAGACCGUGCUUCAUGGAGGCUCACGCAUUCCUCAUCCCUUUGGAAUAAGCUUGUUUGAAGACAGUGUAUUCUUUACAGAUUGGACAAAGAUGGCGGUAAUGAAGGCAAACAAAUUCUCUGAGACCAACCCACAAGUGUUCUACCAGUCUUCCCUGAGGCCCUUUGGAGUGAUUGUUUUCCACUCCCUCAGGCAGCCCCAUGCCAGCAAUCCUUGUGGAGAUAACAAUGGAGGCUGUGAACAGGUCUGUGUCCUCAGCCACAGAACCGACAAUGAUGGCCUGGGUUACCGCUGCAAAUGCACCUUUGGCUUCAACCUGGAUGUGGAUGGCCACCGCUGUGUUGCUGUUAAGCAAUUCCUGAUCUUUUCAUCGGAAGUGGCUGUUCGAGGGAUCCCAUUCACCAUCUCUACCCAGGAAGAUGUCAUAGUUCCAGUGACAGGAAAUCCUUCUUUCUUUGUUGGAAUUGAUUUUGAUGCCCAGGAGAAAACACUCUUUUUUUCAGAUACAUCAGUAGACAUGAUUUAUAAACAAAAGAUCGAUGGCACAGGAAGAGAAAUUCUCACAGCUAACAGGGUGGAAAGUGUUGAAAGUUUGACUUUUGACUGGAUUUCAAAGAAUCUCUAUUGGACAGAUCUUUCUUAUAGGAGUGUGAGUGUCAUGAGGCUAGCUGAUAAAUCGAGACGGGAAAUAAUCCGGAAUUUAAAUAAUCCACGAUCAAUCGUAGUUCAUCCUAUUGCUGGGUAUAUAUUCUUCACUGAUUGGUUCCGUCCUGCUAAAAUUAUGAGAGCGUGGGGAGAUGGAUCUAACCUUUUGCCUAUAGUAAAUACUACUCUUGGAUGGCCCAAUGGAUUGGCCAUUGAUUGGGGUGCUUUACGAUUGUACUGGGUAGAUGCCUUAUUUGAUAAAAUUGAGCACAGCACCUUUGAUGGUUUAGACAGACGAGUCCUGGGCCAUAUACAGCAGAUGACACAUCCGUUUGGACUGACCGUCUUUCAAGACUAUGUAUUUUUUACUGACUGGAGACUGGGUGCUAUUGUUCGAGUCAGGAAAACGGAUGGUGGAGAGAUGACAGUUAUCCGAAGUGGCAUCAGUAAUAUAAUGCAUGUGAAAUCAUAUGAUGACAGCAUCCAGAUUGGUUCUAACUAUUGUAAUCGACCCACCCACCCGAAUGGGGACUGCAGCCACUUCUGCUUCCCGGUGCCAAAUUUUCAGCGGGUGUGUGGCUGUCCCUAUGGAAUGAGCCUGACUUCUAAUCACUUGACAUGUGUGGAAGACCCGUCCCACGAACCGCCCUUGGAGCAGUGUGGCUCCUUUUCCUUCCCGUGUAACAAUGGCAGAUGUGUGCCCAGCUACUACCGCUGUGAUGGCAUUGAUGACUGUCAUGAUAACAGUGAUGAGCACCUAUGUGGCACGUCUACAUUUUUCAAUUUGGCUCUGCUACACAUUGAACAAGAAAUAAACUGUUAUUUGGUUUGUUUUUGGGUGAUAUUAGACUUUACAGCGACAUGCCUGCCUAGUCAGUUUCAUUGCCCUGACCAUCGGUGUAUUGACCUGGCUUAUGUCUGUGAUGGGGACAAGGACUGUGUUGACGGAUCUGAUGAGAAUGGUUGUGUAAUUAAUUGCACUGCUUCUCAAUUCAAAUGUGCCAGUGAGAAUAAGUGUAUUAGCAACGUAUAUCAUUGUGAUGGUGUUUUUGACUGCAGCGACCACUCUGAUGAGAAAGACUGUCCAACCAGGCCUCCCGGUAUGUGCCACCAAGAUGAAUUUCAGUGCCAAUCAGAUGGUCUCUGCAUUCCAGGGAUCUGGGAGUGUGAUGGGCAUCCAGACUGCAUCCAUGGAUCUGAUGAGCACAAUGGCUGUGUGCUCAAGACCUGCUCUCCAUCCCAUUUUCUUUGUGCCAAUGGAAACUGCAUCCACAAAGAGUGGGUCUGUGAUGGGGACAAUGACUGCAGGGAUAUGAGUGACGAGAAGGACUGCCCUACUCAAGCCUUUCACUGUCCCAAUUGGCAAUGGCAGUGCCCUGGCCAUAGCAUCUGCGUGAAUCUGACUGCAGUAUGUGAUGGCGUCCCUGACUGCCCCAAUGGGACAGAUGAAUCCCCACUUUGCAACCAGGAGAGCUGCUCAAAUUUAAAUGCUGGUUGUACUCACCAGUGUGUUCAAGGGCCCUUUGGGGCUCAAUGUCUAUGUCCAUUGGGAUACCUGCUUGCUAAUGAUUCUAAGACCUGUGAAGACAUAGAUGAAUGUGAUAAUCCAGGCUUUUGUAGCCAGCAUUGUUAUAAUACAAGAGGUUCUUUCCGGUGCUGGUGUGAUAAAGAAUACAUGUUAGACACUGAUGGGAAGACUUGCAAAGUUACAGCAUCUGAAAGUCUUCUGUUACUUGUGGCAAGUCAGAACCAAAUUAUUGCUGACAAUAUCACCUCCCAGGUCCACAAUAUCUAUGCACUUAUCGAGGGUGGUUCUCACAUUGUAGCUGUUGAUUUUGAUUCUGUCAGUGGUCGUGUCUUUUGGUCUGAUGGAACUCAGGGCAAAAUCUGGAGUGCAUUUCAAAAUGGAACAGACAGAAAACUAGUACUUGACAGUGGCACCACCAUGACUGAAAGCCUUGUGGUAGAUUGGGUGGGUCGCAAUCUUUACUGGACAAACUAUGCUCUGCAAACAAUUGAAGUCUCUAAACUGGAUGGUAGCCACAGGACUGUGCUGAUUAGUGAAAAUGUAACAAUGCCGAGGGGACUAGCAUUAGAUCCCAGACUUAGUGAACAUCUGAUGUUCUGGUCUGACUGGGGCCAUCACCCUCGUAUUGAGCGAGCCAGCAUGGACGGCAGUUCACGCACUGUUAUUGUCCAAGACAAGAUUUUAUGGCCCAAUGGCUUAACUAUUGACUACCCCAACAGACUGCUCUACUUCUUGGAUGCCUAUCUUGAUUACUUAGAUUUUUGUGACUAUGAUGGACAACAUCGGAGGCAGGUGAUAGCCAGUGAUUUGAUUCUGCGGCAUCCCUAUGCCCUGACCGUCUUUGAAGAUUCCGUGUACUGGACUGACCGAGCAACUGAGCAGGUCACUCAAGCCAACAAGUGGCAUGGAGGGCAACAUUCCAUUGUCAUCUAUAAUGUGCACCAGCCUCUUGGGAUUGUUGCGGUUCAUCCUGCAAAACAGCCGAAUGAUGUAAAUUCCUGUGCCUCUGCCCCCUGCAGCCACCUAUGUCUGCUUUCCUCAAAGAGGCCACAGCUUUACUCCUGUGCUUGUCCCUCUGGAUGGAGUCUCUCUCAUGAUUCUGUGACUUGCCUGAGAGAUGAUCAACCUUUCUUAAUAACUGUAAGACGCAGUGUAAUUUUUGGAAUCUCCCUUAAUCCUGAGGUGAAGAGCAAUGAUGCUAUGGUUCCUAUAUCAGGGAUACAGAACGGUUAUGAUGUUGAAUUUGAUGAUACAGAGGAAUUCAUCUAUUGGGUUGAGAAUCCAGGUGAAAUUCACAGAGUGAAGACAGAUGGCACCAACAGGACUGUGUUUGUUCCUCUGUCUAGUUUGGGCGCUUCUAUGAGCCUGGCCUUAGACUGGAUAUCAAGAAACCUUUAUUACACCAAUCCUGGAACUCAGUCAAUUGAGGUUUUGACACUCCGGGGAGAUGUCAGAUACAGAAAAACAUUGAUUACCAAUGAUGGGACAGCUCUUGGAGUUGGUUUUCCAGUUGGCAUAACUGUUGAUCCUGCUAACGGGAAACUGUACUGGUCAGACCAAGGAACUGACAGUGGAGUUCCUGCGAAGAUUGCAAGUGCUCACAUGGAUGGCACAUCUCCAAAAACCCUCUUCACUGGAGACCUGGAACACCUGGAGUUUCUCACUCUUGACAUUGAGGAUCAGAAACUCUACUGGGCGGUCACCAGCAGGGGGGUGAUUGAAAGGGGAAACGUGGAUGGCACCAAUCGAAUGGUCCUGGUAAACUAUCUUUCCCAUCCCUGGGGAAUUGCUGUCUACGGUUCCUUCCUCUAUUAUACUGAUGAGCAUUAUGAGGUCAUUGAAAGAGUUGACAAGGCCACUGGGGCCAACAAAGUAGUCUUGCGAGAUAAUACUCCAAAUCUGAGGGGACUUCGAGUUUACCACAGACGCAGCUCUGCUGGAUCCUCAAAUGGCUGUAGCAACAAUGUGAAUGCCUGUCAGCAGAUGUGCCUGCCUGUACCGGGAGGACUCUUCUCGUGCGCCUGUGCCACUGGAUUUAAACUCAAUCCUGAUCAUCAGACCUGCUCUCCGUACAGCUCUUUCAUUGUUGUUUCAAUGCUGUCUGCAAUCAGAGGCUUUAGCUUGGACCUGUCAGAUCAUUCAGAAGCCAUGGUGCCAGUGGCAGGCCAAGGACGAAAUGCACUGCAUGUGGAUGUUGAUGUAUCUUCUGGCUUUAUUUAUUGGUGUGAUUUUAGCAUCUCUGAGAAAUCUAAUAAUGCAAUCCGUAGAAUCAAACCCAAUGGGUCUAGUUUUACAAACAUCAUUACACAAGGGAUAGGAGAAAAUGGAGUGCGGGGUAUUGCAGUGGACUGGGUAGCAGAAAAUCUUUAUUUCAUAAAUGCUUUUGAGUCUGAAUCACUGAUAGAAGUUCUGCGGAUCAAUACCACCUACCGUCGUGUUCUCCUUAGAGUCAUAGUGGAUAUGCCCAGGGAUAUUGUUGUAGACCCCAAGAACAGAUACCUCUUCUGGGCUGACUAUGGACAAAACCCGAAGAUUGAACGUGCUUUUCUUGACUGUACAAAUCGGACAGUGCUUGUAUCAGAGGGCAUUGUCACACCACGGGGCGUAGCAGUAGACCAUAGCAACGGCUAUGUUUAUUGGGUCGAUGAUACUUUAGAUGUAAUUUCAAGGAUCGAUAUUGAGGGAAAGGAAUUGAAAGUGAUUCGCUAUGGCAGUCGUUACCCAACUCCUUAUGCCAUCACUGUUUUUGGAAAUUCUAUCAUAUGGGUAGACAGAAACUUAAAAAAAAUCUUCCAAGCUAGCAAGGAACCAGGGAACACAGAACCGCCAGCAGUGAUAAGGGACAAUAUCGAUUGGCUAAGAGAUGUGACCGUCUUUGACCAGAGUGUCCAACCCCGGUCACCCACAGAGGUCAACAACAACCCUUGCUUGGAAAAUAAUGGUGGAUGCCCCCAUCUCUGCUUUGCUAUGCCUGGCUUGCACACUCCAAACUGUAGCUGUGUUUUUGGAACCCUGGACCAUGAUGGGAAAAGCUGUGUCAUUCCAAAAGAAAAUUUCCUCAUCUUUGCCUUGGAGAAUUCCUUGGGAAGCUUACACUUGGAUCCUGAAGAUCACAGCCUGCCUUUCCAAGCAAUAAGUGUGGGAGGACAUGUCAUGGCCCUGGACUAUGACAGCAUCGAUAACAGAAUUUACUUUACACGAAAUUUAGAAGCUAGCCAUGGCCAGAUUUCAUAUAUAAACCUUAAUUCAGGGAUCCGUUCUCCCACUGUCGUUGUUUCAGAUAUAGGGACUACUGAUGGCAUUGCUUUUGACUGGAUCAACAGAAGAAUUUAUUACAGUGACUACACCAACCAGACAAUUAACUCCAUGGCUGAGGAUGGGUCUCAGCGUGCUGUGAUAGCCCACGUUACAAAACCAAGAGCAGUUGUAUUAGAUCCUUGCGGAGGGUAUAUCUACUGGAGUUCCUGGGCCCCUAAUGCCAAAAUCGAGAGAGCCACAGUGGGAGGCAACUUUCGGGAACCCGUUGUGAACAGCAGCCUGGUCUGGCCCUGUGGGCUCACUGUGGACCAUGAGGAAGACCUUCUCUACUGGGCAGAUGCUAGUUUGCGCAAGAUUGAACGCAGCACUCUAAAGGGCACGGAGCGUGAGGUCAUUGUCAUCACAAUCUUGCGUCCUUUUGGCUUGACUAUCAAUGGCCAGUAUAUUUACUGGACUGACUGGUCCACAAGAAAAAUUUACCGAGUUAAUAAAUAUGAUGGAUCAGGCCAGACUGCAAUGACCACGAGUUUUCCAUUCCGGCUUAUGAGUGUUCGUGUUGUUGUGAAGGAUCACCCACAGCAGUGUAGCAAUCCUUGCGACCAGUUUAACGGGGGCUGCAGCCAUGUUUGUGCACCAGGUCCAAAUGGUGCCGAGUGCCAGUGUCCACAGGAGGGCCGCUGGUAUCUGGCCAACAACAAUAAGCACUGCAUUGUGGACAAUGGUGCGCGGUGUGUUGGUUCCAAUUUCACCUGCCUCAAUGGGCGCUGCAUCACAGAGCAGUGGAAAUGUGACAACAGCAAUGACUGUGGUGAUGGCAGUGAUGAGCUGGAAAGCGUGUGUGCUUUUCACACCUGCCAUUCGACAGCCUUCACCUGUGACAAUGGGAAAUGUGUCCCAUAUCAUUAUCGCUGUGAUCACUACAAUGACUGUGGUGACAACAGUGAUGAGGAAGGGUGCCUGUUCAUUGCGUGUAAUGCCACCACAGAAUUUACUUGCAAUAAUAGAAGGUGCAUACCUCUUCAGUUUGUCUGCAAUGGCAUAAACAACUGCCAUGAUAAUGAUACUUCAGAUGAGAAAAAUUGCCCCGAUCGCACUUGUCAGCCUGGAUUCACAAAGUGUCACAGUACAAAUAUUUGUAUUCCUCAUCAUUACUUGUGUGACGGAGACAAUGACUGUGGAGAUAUGAGUGACGAAAACCCCACUUUUUGCGCCAGUCACUCGUGUAGCAGCAGUGAGUUCCACUGCACAUCUGGACCCUGUAUUCCUCACCAUUGGUAUUGUGAUCAAGAAAGAGAUUGUCUUGAUGGCUCUGAUGAACCUGCCACUUGUGUGUACCCUGAGUCAACAUGCUUGAGUGAUGAGUUCAAGUGUGACAGUGGGAGGUGCAUCCAAACAGAAUGGAUCUGUGAUGGUGAUAAUGACUGUGGGGACAUGAGCGAUGAGGAUGAAAGACACCACUGUGAGAGACACAGAUGCUCAGGCUCUGAGUUUCUCUGUGUAAACAACGUGCCUCCAUCCAGGAGGUGCAUUCCCCAGUCUUGGGUGUGUGAUGGCGACGCAGACUGUACUGAUGGCUAUGAUGAGCGGCAGAACUGCACCCGGGGGUCUUGCUCUGGAAACGAUUUCAUCUGUAAUGAUGGACAGUGUAUCCCUGACUCCUACAGGUGUGACCGGCACAAUGACUGUGGUGACUACAGUGAUGAGAGGAACUGCUUAUACCCCACCUGCAAUCAGAAUCAGUUUACCUGUCAGAAUGGGUUCUGCAUUUAUAAAACCUACGUCUGUGAUGGGGUUAAUGACUGUAGAGAUGAUUCUGAUGAGCUGGAGCACUUGUGCCAUGUCCCUGAAACCACAUGCCCCCCUCAUCAGUUCAAGUGUGAUAAUGGGAAUUGCAUCGAGAUGGUGAAAGUCUGCAACCACCUAGAUGACUGUUUAGACAACAGUGAUGAGAAAGGAUGUGGCAUUAACGAAUGCAAUGACCCUACACUCAGUGUCUGCGACCAUAACUGCACAGACACCUUAACCAGUUUCUAUUGUUCUUGUCGUCCUGGUUACAAGCUUAUGUCUGACAAGCGGACUUGUGGUGAUAUUGAUGAAUGCAAGGAGACGCCCUUUGUUUGUAGCCAGAAGUGUGAGAACACAAUGGGCUCUUACAUCUGUAAGUGUGCCCCAGGCUACAUCCGAGAACCAGAUGGAAAGAGCUGUCGGCAAAACAGUAACAUCGAGCCCUAUCUCAUAUUCAGCAACCGUUAUUAUUUGAGAAACCUAACUAUAGAUGGCUCCUUUUACUCCCUCAUCUUGCAAGGACUGGGCAAUGCUGUGGCGUUGGAUUUUGACCGAGUAGAAAAGAGAUUAUACUGGGUUGAUAUAGAGAAAAGCAUCAUCGAGAGAAUGUUUCUGAAUAAGACAAACAGGGAGACAAUCACGAAGCACAAACUACCAGGUGUAGAAAGCCUGGCUGUAGACUGGGUUGCCAGAAAACUUUAUUGGGUAGAUGCCUACCUGAAGUGCCUCUCUGUCUCCGACCUAGAUGGUCGAUACCACCGCAGGCUGGUCGAACACUGUUUGGAUGCCAACAACACCUUCUGCCUUGAUAAUCCCAGAGGAAUUGUCCUUCACCCUCAAUAUGGGUAUGUCUACUGGGGAGACUGGACCCGCAGGGCAUACAUUGGGAGAGUAGGCAUGGAUGGAGUCAAUAAAUCUGUGAUUAUCUCUACCAAGAUAGCGUGGCCCAAUGGCCUCACCAUUGAUUACACCAAUGAUCGACUCUAUUGGGCAGAUGCUCACCUGGGUUACAUUGAGUACUCUGAUUUGGAGGGCCAAAAUCGACACACCGUGUAUGAUGGAACCCUGUCUCACCCUUUUGCUAUUACCAUUUUUGAAGACACUAUUUAUUGGACUGAUUGGAAUACAAGGACAGUUGAAAAGGGAAACAAGUAUGAUGGAUCAGAUAGAAUGGUGCUGGUGAACACAACACAUAGACCAUAUGACAUCCACGUAUAUCAUCCAUACAGGCAGCCAAUCGUGAAUAAUCCCUGUGGUACCAACAAUGGUGGCUGUUCUCAUCUCUGCCUCAUCCAAGCAGGAGGGAAUGGAUUCACCUGCGAGUGUCCAGAUGACUUCAAGACCAUCCAGCUGGUUGACAGCACUCACUGCUUGCCCAUGUGCUCUAGCACCCAGUUCCUCUGUGCUAACAAUGAGAAGUGUAUUCCUAUCUGGUGGAAAUGUGACGGACAGAAAGACUGCUUGGAUGGUUCCGAUGAACCCCCCACUUGCCCACAGCGCUACUGCCAUCUAGGACAGUUCCAGUGCAAGGAUGGCAACUGCACCAGUCCGUACUUCCUAUGUGACACUCACCAAAAUUGCCCUGAUGGAUCUGAUGAAGACCUUGUUCUUUGUGAGCACCACAAGUGUGAGUCCAAUGAAUGGCAGUGUGCCAACAAACGUUGCAUCCCAGAAGCCUGGCAGUGUGACUCAGUGAAUGACUGCGGGGAUGACUCAGAUGAAGACAGUUCCCACUGUGCCAGCAGGACCUGUCCUUCUGGUUAUUUCAAGUGUGCCAAUGGCCACUGCAUCCCUCAGACCUGGAAGUGUGAUGUAGACAAUGACUGUGGAGACUACUCGGAUGAGCCCGUCCAUGAAUGCAUGGGCCCUGCCUAUCGCUGUGACAACCAUACAGAAUUCAGCUGUAAAACCAACUACCGCUGUAUCCCAAAGUUGGCUGUGUGCAAUGGUGUCGAUGACUGCAGGGACAACAGCGAUGAGCAAGGCUGUGAGGAGAUGACGUGCAAACCUUUGGGGUUUUUCCGCUGCAAUAAUCACCUGUGCAUCCCUCUUCGCUGGAGAUGUGAUGGGCAUGAUGACUGUGGAGAUCACUCAGAUGAGGAAAGCUGUGUCCCUCGGGAGUGCUCAGAGAGUGAGUUUCGGUGUGACGAUCAGAGAUGCAUUCCCUCUCGAUGGAUAUGUGACUUUAACAAUGACUGUGGAGACAACUCGGAUGAGCGGGACUGUGAGAUGCGGACCUGCCAUCCAGGAUACUUUCAGUGUAAGAGUGGACACUGCGUGCCCGACGAGUUGAGGUGUGAUGGAAUCAGUGACUGUUUGGAUGCCUCUGAUGAAGCCGUUUGUCCCACUCGCUUUCCCAACGGUACAUACUGCCCAGCUGUUAUGUUUGAAUGUAAAAAUCACAUCUGUGUUCAGCCAUUUUGGAUAUGUGAUGGUGACAACGACUGUGGCGAUGGUUCCGAUGAAGAACUUCAUCUGUGCUUGAGUGUUCCCUGUGAGUCACCACACCGUUUCCGGUGUGACAACAAUCGCUGUAUUUAUAGUCAUGAGAUGUGCAACCAUGUGGAUGACUGUGGAGAUGGAAGUGAUGAGAAAGCGGAAAACUGUGUAGGUCCGACCCCGAGACCUUGUGCAGAAGAUGAAUUUAAGUGCAGCAACAAGCAAUGCAUUUCACAGCACCUUGCAUGCGAUGAUGUUGACGACUGUGGUGACCAGUCUGAUGAAACAGGUUGCAAUAAAGGAAAAGAAAGAUCAUGUGCUGAAAAUCUAUGUGAACAAAAUUGUACCCAAUUAAGUGAAGGAGGAUUUAUCUGCUCCUGUAGACCUGGGUUCAAAGCCAGUAUUUCAGACAGAAACUCCUGUGAUGACAUCAACGAGUGUGAGCAAUUUGCGACGUGUCCACAGCACUGCCAAAACACUAAAGGAAGUUAUGAGUGUUACUGUGCCGAAGGCUUCAGGUUCUUCAGUGGCAUCCAUGGAAAUCGGUGUGAAGCUGAUGGACGUGUGUGUCUUGCCUCUGCAGGUGUCAUAUAUUACACUGUGCUAGGGCAUGGCUCUAAUUUUGGUGCUAUCAAACGUGCCUACAUCCCCAACUUUGAAUCUGGCAGUAACAACCAUGUGCAAGUAAUUGACCUGGGCCUGAAAUACAUAAUGCAGCCAGAUGGCUUAGCAGUGGACUGGGUUGGAAGGCAUAUUUACUGGUCGGAUGCCAGGAGUCAACGGAUUGAGGUGGCUAAACUUGACGGGAGGUACAGAAAGUGGCUCAUUACCACCCAACUAGAUCAACCAGCUGCCGUGGUUGUGAAUCCCAAACUAGGGCUUAUGUACUGGACGGACUGGGGCAAGGAACCAAAAAUCGAGUCAGCCUGGAUGGAUGGGCAGCAUCGGAGCAUCCUGGUCCGCGAGGACCUCGGUUGGCCGACUGGUCUUUCUAUUGAUUAUUUGAACAAUGACCGAAUCUACUGGAGCGACUUCAAGGAAAAAACGAUUGAAACCAUAAAAUAUGAUGGGACUGAUAGGAGAAUUGUUGCCAGUGCAGCAGUGGACCCUUACAGUCUUGACAUCUUUGAAGGCCAGUUAUACUGGGUAUCGAAGGAUAAGGGAGAAGUAUGGACACAAGAUAAAUUUGGGCAAGACAAGAAAGAGAAAAUGAUGACUGUGAGCCCUUGGCUCACUCAAGUUCGAGUCCUUCAUCAACAUAGAUACAAUCGGUCAGUGCCCAACCGCUGUAAAAAUGUCUGCAGCCAUCUCUGCCUCCUGAGACCCGCAGGAUACAGCUGUGCCUGUCCCCAGGGCGCCUCCUUUUUGGAGGGGAGCAUGACUGAGUGUGAUGCAGCUGUGGACAAUCCUAUCACCAUGCCGCCCCCAUGCAGGUGUAUGCACGGAGGAAAUUGCUAUUUUGAUGAGAAUGACAUCCCCAAAUGCAAGUGUCCCACUGGCUACAUGGGAAAUUACUGUGAAAUAGGGCUUUCGAAAGGCAUUUCUCCAGGAACAACAAUGGCCGUGCUGUUGACAGUCAUCCUGAUCAUCAUCAUUGGAGCUCUGGCAGCGUUAGGAUUUUUCCACUACAGGAAGACUGGCUCCCUUCUGCCCUCUCUGCCCAAGCUGCCAAGCUUAAGCAGUCUGGUCAAAUCCUCUGAAACUGGGAAUGGGGUGACCUUCAGAUCAGGGGCCGAUGUUAACAUGGAUAUUGGAGUGUCUGGUUUUGGCCCUGAGUCUGCUAUUGACAGAGCAAUGGUGAUGAGUGACCACUUCACCAUGGAGAUGGGGAAGCAGCCCAUAGUCUUUGAAAACCCAAUGUAUGCGACGCGGGACAGCGCUGUCAAAGAGGCUCCGCAAGCCCAGGUGACUGCAUUGGAAAAUGUGGAGAACAAGAACUAUGAAUGUCCCAUAAACCCUUCUGAGAUAGCUCCAGACACAAAGCCAACUUCCCCAAGUGCUGAAGGAACUCAGGCAACAAAGUGGAAUAUCUUCAAACGAAAACUGAAACAAACUACCAACUUUGAAAAUCCAAUCUACGCAGAGAUGGAGAACGAGAAAAAGGAAAGUGCUGCUGGGACUCCACCUCCAUCCCCUUCGCCCCCUGCGAAAGUGCCUGCGAAACGAGCCCCAGCUCCUGCCUAUACCGCCACAGAAGACACUUUUAAAGACACAGCAACUCUUGUUAAAGAAGACUCUGAGAUGUAGCUGUGCUACAGUUAUUUAGGGAAUAAUUAGAAACACACUUUUGCACAUAUAUUUUUUACAAACAGAUAAAAAAUGUUAACAGUCAGUACUUUAUUAAAAAAUAUAUUUUUCUUCUGUU